AUGUGUGGUUUAUUGUCGUUUACCUUUGAGCAGAUACUCAAUCAGGUAGUUAGAGUUGCAUCCGGCUCCCCCAAAAUGCGUGAACUCUCCCAUAUACGUCUCAUCAUCCUGUUGAUAGUGGCUCUCAAUACCCUAGACUUUAAGAUGCAACUACAGGAUCAAGAACAUUUAAAUAAAUUUCAAGAGGACCUGGACUAUUGCCCUCAAUGUUUCCAAAGCCAAAAAGACACCUGCAAGAAUCUCACGGAAAAAUUGGUAACAAAUUCCGAACAACCAUCCGUAUGGCAAAAUUUUAUAACAUUACUACCGCAGCGUAGCUGUAAAAGAUCAAAUCGCUUGUAUGCUGUACAUGGAACCCAAACCAGAUUGCUGGCAAAAUAUUUUGCCAAUUCCAAGGAUCACUUCAAUUUCACCCUCAACGAGAGGGCACUGAAAAGUAAAUUUUUGGCAGCCGAACGUUUGGAUGGCAUGCAGUUCUAUCCGUUAAAGAGAAUCGACAGAUUUGUUGAUUUUUUGGGGACCUAUCACACCAAUUUACCUAGCCUAACCAUAUGGUUGUAUUUGCUGGUUAAUAUACAACCUCUGUUUAUGCCAUUGCUAUAUUCCAGAGAUUUCCUGGUACCCAAAACCCAAGGAGUUUGUGGUUUUACAAUUUAUCAAGAAUAUGCGGGUCAGGAUUUAUGGCAUUACUAUAGGGAAAACUUUUUUCUAAAAUUAGAAAUUGCCAAACAGUUACUGCUGGCCAGUGUGAAAUUCUCACACGGCUUCGGAGAUUAUCGUUUUUAUAUCACCGAUUUGACAGCCGAUAACGUGGUCUAUAGUGUGCCGGAAAAUCGUUUGUCAUUUGUCGAUUUGGAUACUCUGUUUGUGGUAGAUUCCAAAGCGGUGAAAUAUAAAUCCUCAACUCAUCGUCAUGAAUAUAUCGAAUGUCCCGGAUGUUUUGCAUAUUCUCCUGAUGAUAUUGCCUCGUAUUUUCUAAGUGAUUUGAAUAUUUAUUCCGCCUGCCAAUUUUUAAGUGAGGAUCUUUAUCGAGAUAAAACGAAGGGAUUUCUAUAUCCUAUUCCCGACUGGGUAAUGGAAAAAUAUCCGGAAUUAUGGAAAAGAUUGGAGCAUUGUGUUGCCUGUCCGAUGGAAAAUUGUUCAGACCGUUUUGGUGCGGUCGAGAAGUUGUUGCGGGAAAUUGAUAAAAUAUUAAAGGAUAAUGGAAAUAAAUCAUAA